UUUAAAGGAUACUUUCAUGACCCAAAUCCGGCACCCUUCGACAAGUAUCAGGGAGUACCAUUCAGAUUCCGACAAGGAAUCGAAAAAGGGCGUCAAAUACUCGCGGGACCUCCUUCCAAGUUAUUCGAGGAGAAAUUCGUGAGAAUAUUCGAUGGAGAGGCACUGUAUGAGCCAUGGCGUUUCGAGGCGGCAGAAAGGUUGGAGCGAGAACAGGCAAAACUUGGAAGUCACAUGUUGCCACCGUCACCUGCCAAGAAACAUGCGACACCUGGUGAUUGGUAUGGAUGUUUCGAGAAAAUCCCUCAUUUCAGUCCAGCCUUGAGGCCAACAAAAAGGAAGGAACCUGAAUUACCUAAUGCAAAGAUCAAACCUAACCCAAAAGGAGGCCCGGGUUAUCCUGAUAUUUGUCUGAGUCGAUUUCCAGAAUAUAGUUAUAAUCCUUAUGACCCUCCAAAGAGACGUCAAAGAGAUUAUUUUUUAAUAAUUUAUCAUUUCGACAUGUUAGAUAAAGCUCUGGGUCGAUUUUUGAGCGCAAGCGCGCCGCUGGACUUUUUCCCGCCAAAUCCUUACUUGGCCGAAUCCAUUGGGCCAACGUACGUGAGGCCGAAAGAAUUCCCGCCGAAAAUGUUAGGACCCGGCCGACUUUACGUACCGUUUCCUAAGAAACCUGGUGGAAAUCAUUCUGGUUGUUUCGAGAAGUUCCCUCUUUAUAGCAGUGAUCCUUAUGACAAGGGCAUCAAAGAAGCGAAAGUGGAAGGUGUAAUUGUCGCAGGUGGACCAGCUCUGCGAACCAAAUACACCAACAGCAUUGUAUCCCAGGUUACCAGAAUAGCCUGUAAUGCCACGAAUUACCAAAACUAUCGAGAACAAGUUUACGUUUUGGAUAAAUGA